AUGAACUGUGAAAAAUCUGCAUAUUUAUAUAUUGCGGUUUCUCCUCCAGACUCCAAGGCCAUAGUGGAUGGUAACCUGAAGCUGAUCCUGGGCAUGGUGUGGACUCUGAUCCUCCACUACUCCAUCUCCAUGCCCAUGUGGGACGAGGAAGAGGAGGGGGGCGACGGUCAGCACAAGACCCCGAAACAGAGGCUUCUGGGAUGGAUCCAGAACAAGCUACCAGAGAUCCCCAUCCACAACUUCAGCAGAGACUGGCAGAGUGGCAGAGCACUGGGGGCACUGGUCGACAGCUUUGCUCCAGGCCUGUGUCCAGACUGGGACCAGUGGGACCAGACUAAACCAGUGGACAACGCCCGGGAGGCCAUGAAGCAGGCUGAUGAAUGGCUGGGCAUCCCUCAGGUGAUAACCCCAGAGGAAAUCGUUGACCCUAAUGUAGAUGAACAUUCCGUGAUGACAUACCUGUCCCAGUUCCCCAAGUCCAAACUGAAGCCUGGCGCACCAUUCCGCCCCCAGCCUGGCACACCCCACUGCCCCCAGCCUGGCGCACCCCACUGCCCCCAGCCCGACCCCAAGAAGGCCCGCGCAUACGGACCAGGUAUAGAGCCAGUAGGUAACGUUGUGAUGCAGAAGGCGGUGUUUACAGUGGAGACCAUCAGUGCUGGGAUGGGAGAGGUCCUGGUGUAUGUAGAGGACCCUGCCGGACACAGAGAGGAGGUCAAGGUGACAGCCAACAAUGAUAAGAACCGAACCUACACUGUCUUCUACAUACCCAAAGUCACUGGGAUGCAUACGGUGACGGUGCUGUUUGCGGAGCUGCACAUCAAUAAGUCUCCUUAUGAGGUGGAUGUGGGGAUGGCUCAGGGAGACAGCAGUAAGGCUGCAGCCCAGGGACCAGGACUAGAACCUUCCGGAACGUCGCCAACAGCCCAGGGACCAGGACUAGAACCUUCCGGGAACGUCGCCAACAAGACCACAUACUUUGACGUCUACACCGCAGGUGCUGGUGUGGGAGAGGUGGAGGUGGUGAUCAUGGACCCAGCGGGUGAGAAGGACGCGGUGGUGUGUCAGAUCGAGGAUAAGGGCAACAGUUCGUACCGCUGCAGCUACAAGCCCACCCUGGAGGGGCCACACACCAUCUACGUUACCUUCGCUGGAGGACAGAUCAGCAAGAGCCCCUUCACUGUCAACAUAGGAGAGGCUUGUAACCCCAGCCUGGUUCGGGCUAAGGGGCGUGGUCUGCAGCCUAAAGGCCUCAGGGUGAAGGAGACAGCUGACUUCAGAGUCUUCACUAAAGGAGCUGGGACUGGAGAACUCAAAGUCUGCAUCAAGGGACCCAAGGGUCUGGAGGAGGCCUGUCAGAGGAAGGAUCUAGGAGAUGGUGUGUUUGGGUUUGAAUACUACCCCACCCCCGGAACAUACUGUGUUACCAUCACCUGGGGAGGACAACACAUACCCCGCAGCCCAUUGGAGGUGAAGAUUGGUUCGGAGGCGGGGCCACAGAAGGUGCGUGCCUGGGGGCCUGGCCUGGAGAGCGGCAUUAUGGGUAAAUCUGCCGACUUCGUGGUCGAGGCCGUCGGAGACAACGUGGGAACACUGGGUUUCUCGGUGGAGGGGCCGUCCCAGGCGAAGAUAGAGUGUGACGAUAAGGGCGACGGGUCAUGUGACGUGCAGUACUGGCCAAUGGAAGCAGGGGAAUAUGCGGUGCAUGUCCUCUGUAACAACGAGGACAUCCAGCACUCUCCCUUCAUGGCUGAAAUCACUGCUGCUCCAAACAAGGACUACUACCCUGAUAAGGUGAAGGUGCAUGGUCCAGGUCUGCAGAGCAGUGGUCUAGCUGUGGGGAAAUGGACUGAGUUCACAAUCGACGCCAGACUAGGAGGCAAAGCCCCUCUCAAGAUCCUGGUACAGGAUGGUGAGGGCACCCCAGUAGAUGUUCAGGUGAAGGAUAACGGUAAUGGAACGUACACCUGCAGUUACACCCCCAAGAAACCCCUCAAACACACCGUCAUGGCGUCCUGGGGCGGAGUCAACAUACCGGACAGUCCUUUCAGGAUGACCAUCGGGGAAGGCUGCCACCCUAACAAGGUGAAGGUGUCAGGUCCUGGUGUGGCUAAAACAGGGCUGAAGGCUUUUGAACCAACAUCCUUCACUGUGGACUGUGCUGAGGCAGGACAAGGGGACAUCAGUAUAGGUAUAAAGUGCUCUCCAGGUGUGGUGGGACCGGCAGAGGCAGACAUCGACUUCGACAUAAUCAGGAACGACAAUGACACGUUUACCGUUAAAUACACCCCGCAAGGCGCUGGUAGCUACACUAUCAUGGUGCUAUUCGCUGACCAGACCAUCCCCAUGACUCCCAUCAGGAUCAAAGUUGACCCGUCACAUAACGCCAGCAAGGUGAAGGCCGAGGGACCAGGACUCAACCACAGUGGUGUGGAGUUAAACAAGCUGACCCACUUCACAGUAAACGCCAAGGCUGCAGGUAAAGCCAAGCUGGACGCUGUGUUCUCCGGCCCGGCUAAAGGAGAGACGGUCAAGGACUUUGAGAUCAUCAACAACCACGAUAACACCCACACGGUCAAGUACACCCCCGUCCAGCAGGGCCCUCUGGGAGUGGCCGUCACCUACGGAGGAGAUUCUGUUCCCAAGAGUCCCUUCUCCAUCCCCGUGGUACCAAGCCUCGACCUCAGCAACAUACAAGUGGCUGGACUGGGUGAUAAGAUGACGGUGGGUAAGGACCAGGAAGUGACGGUGAAGUGUAAAGGAGCAGGAGGUCAGGGGAUGGUCUGGGCCAAGGUUACAGGGCCUUCUGGGACACCUGUCACCAGCAAGGUGGAGGCGGGUCUUAAACCAGAUACCAGUCAAGUGAAGUUUAUCCCUUGGGAGGCAGGGCCAUACCAGGUGGAGCUGACCUAUGACGGCACUCCGAUCCCAGGAUCCCCCUUCAACCCCACCGCCUACCCCCCCACCGACGCUACCAAGGUGAAGUGUUCCGGCCCAGGUUUGGAGCGUGCCAAGAUGGGAGAGACAGGGGAGUUUGUGGUGGACUGUACCAACGCGGGUCCGGCUGAGCUGACCAUAGAGAUCAUCAGUGACAGCGGGACAGAGGCAGAGGUCCACAUCCAGGACAAUGGAGACGGAACCUACACCAUCACCUACAUCCCCCUGUGCCCCGGCUCAUACACCCUCACCAUCCGCUACGGGGGGCAGGAUGUACCCAACUUCCCCGCCCGCCUCGCCGUGGAGCCGGCCGUCAACGCCAGCGGAGUCCUCGUGUUCGGACCGGGAGUAGAGGGCAAAGGCGUGUUCCGCGAGGCUACCACAGACUUCACAGUAGAUGCGCGGCCCCUGACCCAGACGGGAGGGAACCACAUCAAGACAGUGAUCCAGAACCCAUCUGGAGCCGUUACCCACGCUGUCAUCACCGACCACUAUGACGGAACCUACAGCGUAGAGUACACUCCCUACCAAGAAGGUCCCCACAGUGUAGAGGUGACGUACGAUGAGACACCAGUACCCAACAGUCCGUUCCGUGUUGCCGUGAUGGAGGGGUGUGACCCGGGACGUGUGCGUGUGCAUGGACCCGGCCUGGACACAGGCAUCACCAACAAAGCCAAUCAAUUCACAGUGGAGACCCGUGGUGCGGGUACAGGGGGUCUGGGUCUGGCUGUAGAGGGCCCGUCGGAGGCGAAGAUGUCCUGCACCGACAACAAAGAUGGCAGCUGCAGUGUGGAGUACAUUCCCUACGAGGCUGGAACAUAUAACCUCAACAUCACCUACGGAGGACAGCCUAUCGGUGGCAGUCCCUUUCAGGUGCCCGUCAGCGACACGGUGGACAGUUCUAUGGUGAAGUGUAAGGGGGAGGGGCUUGGAACCAACGUGCGUGCCAACAUUCCACAGGCCUUCACCGUGGACGCAUCUAAAGCAGGAGUCGCCCCUCUGCAAGUCCGAGUACAAGGACCCAAAGGUGUGGUGGAGCCAGUAGAGUGUGUGGAUAAUGGAGACCAGACUCACACAGUGAACUACAUCCCCACCAGAGAGGGACCUUACUCUAUCAACGUACUGUACGCUGACCAAGACAUCCCACACAGUCCCUACAAGGUGAAGGUGUUGCCUACCCAUGAUGCCAGUCAGGUGCGUGCCAGCGGCCCCGGUCUCAACACCACCGGAGUGCCCGCCUCUCUGCCUGUCGAGUUCACCAUCGACGUUAAGGAUGCAGGAGAGGGGCGGCUCGCCGUGCAGAUCACGGACCCAGAGGGGAAGCCUAAGAAGGCCAGUAUCCGUGACAACCAGGACGGGACCUACCUGGUGUCGUAUGUACCUGACAUGACUGGUAGUUACACCAUCCUGAUUAAGUAUGGAGGGGAUGAGAUCCCCUACUCCCCCUUCCGCAUCAGGGCUCUACCUACUGGAGACGCCAGCAAGUGUACUGUCACAGGAGCUGGUGUGGGUCCGACCAUCCAGAGUGGUGAGCAGACCGUCAUCACUGUGGAUGCAAAGGCUGCUGGGAAAGGAAAGGUGACGUCCAGUGUGUGUACCCCAGAAGGGGUGGAGUUAGAUGUAGAUGUGGUGGAGAAUGAGGAUGGAACCUUUGAUAUCUUCUACUCCGCCCCCCAGCCUGGAGAUUACUGCAUCUGUGUUCGCUUUGGAGGGGAACUCAUCCCCAACAGCCCCUUCCAGGUCACGGCAUUGGAAGGAGCCCCCUCAGAUCAGCUCCUCCAACAGGAACAACUACCACAGGACUACAGUCAACAGCCCUGGGCAACAGACCGGCCAAUGGGAAUGAACGGUUUGGACGUUGCGGGACUCAGGCCGUUUGACCUGGUCAUCCCCUUCACCAUCCAGAAUGGAGAGAUCACAGGUAACGUGCGCAUGCCGUCAGGUAAGACAGCCAAGCCGGACAUCACAGACAAUAAAGAUGGGACAGUAACAGUUAAAUAUGCUCCAACUGAGGCCGGCCUGCACGAGAUGGACAUCAAAUACGACGGGAUACACAUCCCUGGUAGUCCCCUCCAGUUCUAUGUGGACUAUGUGAACAGUGGGAACGUCAGUGCGUACGGACCGGGCCUGAUCCACGGGACCGUCAACAAACCUGCCGUCUUCACCGUCAACACCAAGGACGCAGGAGAAGGGUUAGGUGGUCUGUCUCUGGCCAUCGAGGGUCCGUCUAAAGCCGACAUCAGCUGUGUGGAUAACCAGGAUGGAACCUGUUCCGUAUCCUACCUGCCUGUUUUACCUGGAGACUACAGCAUCCUGGUCAAAUACAAUGACAAACACAUCCCCGGCAGCCCCUUCUCAGCCCGCAUCACAGGUGAUGACUCUAUGAGGAUGUCCCUUCUGAAGGUGGGCUCGGCCGCUGACAUCCCAUUGGACAUCGGCGAGCUGGACCUGAGUCAGCUGACGGCCUCUCUGACCACGCCCUCAGGCCGGGAGGAACCCUGCCACCUCAAGAUGCUCCGCAACGGACAAGUCGGUAUCUCAUUUGUUCCCAAGGAGAUUGGGGAGCACCUGGUGAACAUCAAGAAGAACAGACGCCAUAUUCCCAGCAGCCCCAUCGCCAUGAUGAUCAGCCAAUCAGAGAUCGGCGACGCCAGCCGGGUGCGUGUGACUGGCCAGGGCCUCAGCGAGGCCAAAACCUUCGAACCCGCUGAGUUCAUCAUCGACACACGUGAGGCAGGUUACGGGGGUCUGAGUCUGUCCAUCGAGGGCCCCAGUAAGCUGGACAUUAACUCUGAGGACCAGGAGGAUGGCACCUGUAAGGUCAGCUACUGCCCUACUGAACCAGGAAACUACAUCAUCAACAUCAAGUUCGCCGACCAGCACGUACCAGGGAGUGCGUUCACGGUGAAGGUGACAGGAGAAGGCAGGAUGAAGGAGAGCGUCACCAGGAGGAUAGGAGCAGCUUCCGUCACUAACGUGGGCAGCCAGUGUGACCUCAGCCUCAAGAUUCCAGAGAUCAGCAUAGCAGACAUGAUGGCCCAGGUGACCAGUCCGUCUGGCCAGGUUCACAAGGCUGACAUCAUGGAGGGAGAGAACAACACCUACUGCAUCCGCUUUGUUCCCACGGAGACCGGCGUGCACACAGUGUGUGUGAACUACGCGGGCGUGCACGUGCCCGGCAGCCCCUUCCAGUUCACAGUGGGGCCCCUUGGAGAAGGAGGAGCCCACAAGGUCCGCGCUGGGGGGCCCGGGCUGGAGAGGGCAGAGGCUGGAGUACCAGCUGAGUUCAGUAUCUGGACGCGGGAGGCGGGUGCUGGGGGUCUCAGCAUUGCGGUGGAGGGGCCCAGUAAAGCAGAGACCACCUUCGAGGACCGGAAGGACGGAUCCAGUGGAGUGUCCUACAUGGUCCAGGAGUCAGGAGACUAUGAGGUGUCUAUCCGUUUCAACGACGAGCACAUCCCUGACAGUCCCUUCGUGGUUGCCGUGGCAUCGCCCUCUGAUGACGCCAGACGCCUCACUGUUGCCAGUCUUCAGGAGUCCGGGUUGAAGGUCAACCACCCAGCAUCCUUUGCUGUGAGCCUGAAUGGAGCGAAGGGACAGAUCGAUGCUAAAGUCCACAGCCCAUCUGGAUCCCUGGAGGGCUGCUGCGUUACUGAGCUAGACCAAGAUCAGUAUGCUGUGAGGUUCAUUCCCAGAGAGAACGGUCUGUACCUGAUCGAUGUGAAGUUCAACGGCAGCCACAUCCCCGGCAGCCCCUUCAAGAUCCGGGUGGGGGAGACAGGACAGGCUGGAGACCCAGGCAUGGUGACCGCAUACGGAGCUGGAUUAGAGGGAGGAACCACUGGUACAGCCUGUGAGUUUGUGGUGAACACCAGUACGGCGGGGCCCGGGGCCCUGGCGGUGACCAUCGACGGCCCAUCCAAGGUAAAGAUGGACUGUGUUGAGUGUCCGGAGGGUUACAAGGUGACCUACACCCCCAUGGCUCCAGGACACUACUUAAUCUCCAUCAGAUACGGAGGACCUUCCCACAUCGUAGGAUCCCCCUUCAAGGCCAAGAUCACUGGCUCCAAGCUGGUCAGUAGCCAUAGUAACCAUGAGACGACCAGCAUCACGGUCGACCCUGUGACUCGCCAGGACAGCCAAGGGGACGCCCGCUGUGUGACAGCCAAGGGGCUCGGUCUAUCAAAGGGCUUCAUAGGCCAGAAUAACAACUUCAGCGUUGACUGCAGCAAAGCAGGUCGUAACAUGCUGUUGGUGGGUGUUGACGGGCCCAGGGUUCCCUGUGAGGAGGUUCUGGUGAAGCACGUUGGGAACCGUAUCUAUAACAUCAGCUACCAGCUCAAGGAGAAGGGAGAGUACAUCCUGGUUGUGAAGUGGGGAGAACAGCACAUCCCUGGCAGCCCCUACCACAUCACUGUCUAGACCAAUCAGAUUCUACCACAUCACUGUCUAGACCAAUCAGAUUCUACCACAUCACUGUCUAGACCAAUCAGAUUCUACCACAUGACUGUCUAGACCAAUCAGAUUCUACCACAUCACUGUCUAGACCAGGGUUCCCCAACUGGCAGCCCGGUAAUUUUAGUUUUACGUUUUCUGAGCAAUAAAUAAAUGUUAUUUAAAUGUUUUAUUGUUGGCCGCAUGUUGCAGACUCCUGGUCUAGACCAAUCAGAUUUAACCAUACCAAUGUGAAUUCAGAACCCUCAAAACUAGCACUUUGUCUAGACCAAUCAGAACGCCCCAAAUCACUGUCUAACCAAUCACCAAUUACAACCUUCCAAACUCAUACACCAUAACCCAAAACAAACAAUAAUGCAUAAACACAACCAAUCAGAACCCCCCCUCCCCCUUUUAUUACUGUAACUAGCUUAGCAACAUUUCCCCACGCAGUGUUUAGCUGUGUGCUAGUGCUAGCCUAGAAUAGCAUAGUGUAUAGGUAUAGGGGUUUGCCUAGCGUAGCAUAGUAUAAUGGUAUAGGGAUUAGCAUAAUGCUAGUCCAGUGUGUUCAUGAUGCUAAUUUUAACACAUUUGUUUAGCUGCUGCUAGUGUGGCCUGGUGUUAGCUCGUCUUAACCAUAACAAUAAUGAAAGUGAGGAUAGGUUAAUAACUGCUAGUGUCGGGUUUACGACCUGUAAUAAUGUGUUAACAUAACAAUAGUAAAACACAGCCGUAUAACGUCACUGCUGCCACAUGUUUUAAAGGUGUAACUAGCACCACUGCAGUAACUGACUGACCCAGUUAUAACUGCAUCUUACUGCAUAUUGACUAGCAUCAAAGUAGUAAUAACUCAAGUAUUAAUGUCCAUGUUACUAUUAUUAUACAGUUAUGAAUAACUGUAGUGUGGAUGUGAUGUCCCGAUGUUGCUAGUAUUGAGUGAUAACUGUCACAGUAAUAACCGUAAUGUUAGUAAUAUUGAGUAAUAACUGUAAUGUUAGUAAUGUUGAGUAAUAACUGUAAUGUUAGUAAUGUUGAGUAAUAACUGUAAUGUUAGUAAUGUUGAGUAAUAACUGUAAUGUUAGUAAUGUUGAGUAAUAACCGUAAUGUUAGUAAUAUUGAGUAAUAACUGUAAUGUUAGUCAUGUUGAGUAAUAACUGUAAUGUUAGUCAUGUUGAGUAAUAACCGUAAUGUUAGUAAUGUUGAGUAAUAACCGUAAUGUUAGUAAUAUUGAGUAAUAACUGUAAUGUUAGUCAUGUUGAGUAAUAACUGUAAUGUUAGUCAUGUUGAGUAAUAACUGUAAUGUUAGUCAUGUUGAGUAAUAACUGUAAUGUUAGUCAUGUUGAGUAAUAACUGUAAUGUUAGUCAUGUUGAGUAAUAACUGUAAUGUUAGUCAUGUUGAGUAAUAACUGUAAUGUUAGUCAUGUUGAGUAAUAACUGUAAUGUUAGUCAUGUUGAGUAAUAACUGUAAUGUUAGUCAUGUUGAGUAAUAACUGUAAUGUUGAGUAAUAACUGUAAUGUUAGUAAUGUUGAGUAAUUCUGUAAUGUUAGUAAUGUUGAGUAAUAACUGUCAUGUUAGUAAUGUUGAGUAAUAACUGUAAUGUUAGUCAUGUUGAGUAAUAACUGUAAUGUUAGUCAUGUUGAGUAAUAACUGUAAUGUUAGUCAUGUUGAGUAAUAACUGUAAUGUUAGUAAUGUUGAGUAAUAACUGUAAUGUUAGUAAUGUUGAGUAAUAACUGUAAUGUUAGUAAUGUUGAGUAAUAACUGUAGUGUUAGUAAUGUUGAGUAAUAACUGUAAUGUUAGUAAUGUUGAGUAAUAACUGUAAUGUUAGUAAUGUUGAGUAAUAACUGUACUGUUAGUAAUGUUGAGUAAUAACUGUAAUGUUAGUAAUGUUGAAUAAUAACUGUCUCAGUAAUUCCAGAACAAAAAAUUACCUUGUCUGUUAAAGGACUUUAAAGUGUUGUAAGACAUACAGUAUUUUAAUACACAAUAAAGAUGUCUAAGUAUA